AUGUGUCUGGUCUCUCGACCUAUGGAUAUGGAGAACACGGCUGAGGAUGCGCCAAAGGCCAUCUUGGAUAGCUAUCCGAGGCCUAUCGCGGUUCCGCCUCCCAAUGAGACAGCAAAGUCUUUCUUCGAUCGCUUGCUUGCCCCGGACAAUCAACAGAAGGUUUUCGUCAUGCGACCUAAUCUGGUAAUAAGCCGACGGUCCUUUUGCACAGCCAUCGCUGCAGCCAGCACGUUGUUCUACAACGACACGAUGAGGCCCCUUCGAACCGGUGAAAUCAACUGGCCGGCAUCUCUUCGAAGCAUACAGAAGUACAUUCGAGACAACGUCUACCCGGACUUGCCUAGCGACGGUUGCAGCCUUGUGGUGGAAUUCUCUGGCAGCCAAUCGAGAAAGGUAGCGACCUCUCAGAUCAACAAGAUGUAUAAGAUCUGGAUACUUGAACAUGUCGGACACAUUCUAGGCUCUGGCCUUACUGGCCUCAGGGGAAACAGCGGGAAGCCAAUCGACAUCCUGAUCAUUGCGCUUUAUAGGGCCCAAGUCACCGAGUUCCAAAGGGCGAUCAAGUCUCUCAUCGACCAGGGUCGCUUCCCGAAAGACACCUUGAACCGCCUCAAAGUCAAGACUCUUGACGGGGAGCGGCGAAGACUCCGAAGGAACGACGCACCGGUCUAG